AUGUCGGGCUCCUCGCCUGAAUACCUCCGGUUCACCGGCCACCGGUCCUUCACCCGCCGCCUCACCAUCGCGACCCUCACCGGCCGUCCCAUCCACAUCUCCAAGAUCCGAAGCUCCUCGCCCACGAACCCGGGCCUCGCCCCCCACGAGGUCUCCUUCCUGCGCCUCCUCGAGGCCGUCACCAACGGCUCCUCCAUGCAAAUCUCGUAUUCGGGCACAACCAUCACAUACCACCCGGGCCUCAUCACCGGCACCAUUGCCGGCCUGGGCGCCGCCGACGGAGACGUCAUCGAGCACAGCAUCCCCGUCACCUGCACCAGGGGCAUCUCCUACUUCUUGCUGCCGCUCUGCCUCCUCGCGCCCUUCUCCAAGGCCCACAUGAACGUGCGCUUCUCCGGCCCCGGCGUCAUCACCUCCUCCACCGAAACGGGCGACGUCUCCGUCGACACUUUCCGCACCGCCAUCCUCCCCCUCUUCGGCCUCUUCGGCAUCCCGCCGGCCCGCAUCGAGCUGCGCGUCCUGCAGCGCUCCUGCGCGGGGCCCGGAGGCAAAGGUGGCGGCGGCAUCGUCGAGCUUCGCUUCGCCAGCCAAGUCCGUCUGCCCAAGACGCUGCAUCUGCAUCGCAGCCCCGGCCGAGUCAAGAGGAUACGAGGUGUGGCGUACUGCACCGGCGUCUCAGCUUCCAACAAUGCACGCAUGAUACAUUCCGCACGCGAGAUUCUGAACCCCUUCGUCACGGAUAUUCACAUCGCGGCGCAAUACGACCAGGCGCCGCUGGUGCCUACGGGAGACAAGGCGGGCAGCAAGAGAAGACUGGGUAUAGGCUACGGCCUGAGUCUCGUAGCAGAGUCAAACUCCGUUGGCGUGCUGUACUCGGCAGAUGUCGUCGUGCUGCCUUCGGGUGGUGAGGUUCCUGAAGAUAUCGGAAAGAGAUGCGCCUACCAGCUACUGGAAACAAUUGCAAAGGGAGGCUGCGUGACCCCCGUUUCAGCAAGCUCCGUGUUGACUCUGAUGGCCAUGGGCUCUGAAGAUGUUGGCCGAUUGAGGAUUGGUAGAGAUAUCCUGGCGUCGGAGGAAAUUAUUGAGCUCGCACGAGACUUGAAGACAUUUGGCGCAAGUAGCUGGGGCCUACGAGACGUCGAUGAUGAUGACAGCGGCGAUAUAGUCAUCUCCGUCAAGGGUACUGGCGUCGGUAAUGUAGGAAGAAAAGUUGCCUAG